GUAUGAGCACCUGGUGAACCUACUGACCAAGAUCCUGAACCAACGGCCUGACGACCCUCUGGCCAUCCUGGAGUUUCUGAACCGCACCACGCAGUGGGAGUGGUUCCACCCCAAGCUGGACACGCUGCGGGACGACCCUGAGAUGCAGGCCACAUACGAGAUGGCGGAGAAGCAGAAGGUGCUGUUCCUCCGUGGUGGCGGCAGCGGAGAGGGCGAACAGGAGAUGGAGGAGGAGGUGACUGACAGCCCGGUGCCCAACAUCAUGGAGACGGCCUUCUACUUCGAGCAGGCAGGCGUGGGGCUGAGCACGGACGAGAGUUUUCGCAUCUUCCUGGCCCUGAAGCAGCUGGUGGAGCAGCAGCCCAUCCACUCGUGCCGCUUCUGGGGCAAAAUCUUGGGACUGAGCCGCAGCUACCUGGUGGCCGAGGUGGAGUUCCGGGAGGGCGAGGAGGAGGGGGAGGAGGAGGAGGUGGAGGAGCUGCUGGAGGGUGGCGAGGUCCUGGAGACUCAUGGCGAGGAGGAGGGCGAGGAGGACGAGGAGAAGGAGGUGGACACGGUGCCCAAGCCGCAGUGGAAGCCGCCACCCGUCAUCCCCAAGGAGGAGAGCCGCACGGGCACCAACAAGUACCUGUACUUCGUGUGCAACGAGCCAGGCCGCCCGUGGACGCGCCUGCCGCACGUGACGCCCGCGCAGAUCGUGCAGGCGCGCAAGAUCAAGAAGUUCUUCACCGGCUUCCUGGACUCGCCGGUCGUCAGCUACCCGCCCUUCCCCGGCAACGAGGGCAACUACCUGCGCGCGCAGAUCGCGCGCAUCUCGGCCGCCACGCACAUCAGCCCGCUCGGGUUCUACCAGUUCGGAGAGGAGGAGGGCGACGAGGAGGAGGAGGGCGGCGCCGGGCGCGACUCCUUCGAGGAGAACCCCGACUUUGAGGGCAUCCCCGUGCUCGAGCUGGUCGACUCCAUGGCCAACUGGGUGCACCACACGCAGCAUAUCCUGCCGCAGGGCCGCUGCACGUGGGUGAACCCUUUGCAGAAGUCGGAGGAGGAGGAGGAGCUGGGGGAGGAGGAAGAGAAGGGAGAUGAGGGGCUGGAGGAGGUGGAGCAAGAGGUUGGGCCCCCCCUACUGACACCACUCUCGGAAGACGCAGAAAUCAUGCACAUGUCACCCUGGACCACCCGCCUGUCCUGCAGCCUGUGCCCGCAGUACUCCGUGGCUGUGCUGCGCUCCAACCUCUGGCCAGGAGCCUAUGCUUUUGCCACUGGCAAGAAGUUUGAGAACCUCUACAUUGGCUGGGGCCACAAGUACAGCCCUGAGAACUUCAACCCGGCUCUGCCAGCCCCCGUUCAGCACGAGUACCCCAGUGGGCCUGAAAUCAUGGAAUCCAGUGAUCCCACAGUGGAGGAGGAGCAGGCCCUGAAGGCUGCCCAGGAGCAGGCCCUGGCAGCUGCGGAGGAAGAGGAGGAGGAUGAGGAAGAAGAGGAGGAUGAGGACCUGGAUGACUGA